AUGCCUGCCGGCAGCAACGAGCCCGAUGGGAUCCUCAGCUACCAGAGACAGGAUGAAGAGGCUGUCGUCGACCAGGGGAGGACAAGCAACGUGGUCAACAUUCACUAUGAGAAGGAGGAGCUGGAAGGGCACCGGACCCUGUAUGUGGGGGUGAGGAUGCCCCUGGUGAGGCAGAGCCACCGGCACCACCGCGCCCACCGCCAGAAGCACCGGGAGAGGGCACGGGAGAAGGACCCAGCCCCGACGGAGCAGGGCUGCCAGUACACCCCAUCCCAGCGGGUGCAGUUCAUCCUGGGCACUGAGGAGGACGAGCAGCACGUCCCCCAUGACUUGUUCACAGAGCUGGAUGAAAUCUGUGUGAAGGAGGGGGAAGGUGCUGAGUGGAAGGAGACAGCCAGGUGGCUGAAGUUUGAGGAGGAUGUGGAGGAAGGCGGCGAGCGCUGGAGCAAGCCCUACGUGGCCACCCUGUCCCUGCACAGCCUCUUCGAGCUGAGGAGCUGCAUCCUCAAGGGCACAGUGCUGCUGGACGUCUGUGCCGGCAGCAUCGAGGAGAUUGCAGACAUGAUCCUGGCCCAGCAGGAGCAGUCCCUGGAGUUUGAUGAGUGCAUGAGGGCUAAAGUCCGAGAAGUGCUUCUGAAGAACCAUCACCACCAGAAUGAGAAGAGGAGGAACAACCUUCUGCCCAUCGUCCGCUCCUUUGCCGACGUCAGCAAGAAGCAGUCAGACCUGCACCUCCUGGACAAGCCAGCCCAAAUGCUCACUCCUCAUCCUUCCCCCACCACUGCAGAAGCUAAGAAUGGAGUCAUCCACGACCCCACCACCAUGGAUCUAAGCAAGGCGGAGCUGCACUUCAUGAAGAAAAUUCCCAGCGGGGCAGAAGCCUCCAACGUGCUGGUGGGAGAGUUGGACUUCCUGCCCCAGCCCGUCGUGGCCUUCAUCCGCCUGACCCCUGCUGUCCUCCUCUCAGGCAUGACGGAAGUUCCCAUCCCAACAAGGUUCCUGUUUGUUUUGCUGGGACCAGAGGGAAAAGCUCAUCAGUACCAUGAGAUUGGCAGGUCCAUGGCUACUAUCAUGACGGAUGAGAUUUUCCAUGAUGUUGCCUACAAAGCCAAGAACAGAGCUGACCUGGUGGCUGGCAUUGAUGAGUUCCUGGACCAGGUCACAGUCUUGCCCCCAGGAGAGUGGGACCCAUCCAUCCGGAUUGAGCCCCCCAAAAAUGUCCCCUCCCAGGAGAAGAGGAAGAUGCCAGGAGCCCUGGAGGACAGCUCCACACACAGCAAGGCAGAGAAGCACAGCGGACCCGAGCUGGAGCGCACAGGAAGGCUCUUUGGAGGUUUCAUCCGGGACGUGAAGCGCAAAGCUCCUUGGUUCUGGAGUGACUUCCGGGACGGUGCCAGCCUGCAGUGCCUGGCAUCCUUCCUCUUCCUCUACUGUGCCUGCAUGUCCCCUGUCAUCACCUUCGGGGGGCUGCUGGGGGAGGCAACCCAUGGCCACAUAAGUGCCAUGGAGUCCCUGCUGGGUGCAUCCAUGACUGGUGUGGUCUAUUCUCUCUUUGCUGGCCAACCUCUCACCAUCCUGGGCAGCACAGGACCCGUUCUGGUGUUUGAAAAGAUCCUCUACAAAUUCUGCAAGGACUACAGCCUCUCCUACCUGUCCCUGCGGGCAUGCAUCGGGCUCUGGACUGCCUUCUUCUGCGUGGUGCUGGUGGCCACAGAUGCCAGCUGCCUGGUGUGCUACAUCACUCGCUUCACCGAGGAGGCCUUCGCCUCCCUCAUCUGCAUCAUCUUCAUCUAUGAGGCCCUGGAGAAGCUGAGCCACCUGCGGGAGACCUACCCUGUGCACAUGCACAGCAAACUCGACCUCCUCACCAUCUACUACUGCAGGUGUGAGGCUCCAGCCCAUCCCAGCAAUGAGACACAGCAGUUCUGGGCCAGCAGCAGCAUCAAUGUGUCCAGCAUCACCUGGGAUAACCUCACGGUGACUGAAUGUCGCUACCUGCAUGGAGAGUUUCAAGGCCCUGCCUGUGGCCGUGAUGGCCCUUACACACCUAAUGUCCUCUUCUGGUGCUGCAUCCUCUUCUUCUCCACCUUUGUGCUCUCGAGCUUGCUGAAGAAGUUUAAAACCAGCAGAUACUUCCCAACCAGGGUCAGGUCCACAGUCAGUGACUUUGCUGUUUUCCUCACCAUCGUUACCAUGGUGCUCAUGGACAUCCUGAUUGGGAUCCCUUCACCAAAGCUCCACGUCCCACAUAUGUUCAAGCCUACCAGAGAUGACCGUGGGUGGGUGAUCAACCCCAUAGGACCCAACCCUUGGUGGACAGUGCUGGCUGCACUCAUCCCAGCUCUGCUCUGCACCAUCCUGAUCUUCAUGGACCAGCAGAUCACAGCUGUCAUUGUGAACAGGAAUGAGCACAGGCUGAAGAAAGGAUGUGGGUACCACCUGGACCUUUUCAUGGUGGCCGUGAUGCUCGGGGUGUGCUCUGUGAUGGGGCUGCCCUGGUUUGUGGCUGCCACUGUCCUGUCCAUCACCCACGUGAACAGCCUCAAAGUGGAGUCUGCCUGCUCGGCUCCGGGAGAGCAGCCCAAGUUCCUGGGGAUACGAGAGCAGAGAGUCACUGGCUUGAUGAUCUUUGUGCUCAUGGGCUGCUCUGUCUUCUUCACCUCAGUGUUAAAGUUCAUCCCAAUGCCUGUGCUGUACGGUGUCUUUCUCUACAUGGGGGUGUCGUCACUCCGAGGAAUUCAGUUCUUCGAUCGCCUGAAGCUGUUCUGGAUGCCAGCCAAGCACCAGCCAGAUUUCAUCUACCUGCGGCAUGUCCCCCUACGCAAGGUGCACUGCUUCACCCUGAUCCAGCUCCUCUGCCUCGCCCUGCUCUGGGCCAUCAAGGCAUCCCGGGCUGCCAUCAUCUUCCCCAUGAUGGUUUUGGCUCUUGUUUUUGUCCGGAAAGUGAUGGAUUUCUGCUUCUCCAAGCGAGAGCUCAGCUUUCUGGAUGACCUUAUGCCAGAGAGCAAGAAGAAGAAGUUGGAUGAUGCCAAAAAUGAAGCCAAAGAAGAAGAGGAGUCCCAGAAGAUGAUGGAAGCUGCUGCAGCAAAUUCAGUUCAGCUGAAGCUGGGGAAGACUGCUGGAUUGGAUCUCCCCAAGCAAAGCAGUGACAGGCCUGAUCCUUCAGAGAUUAAUAUCUCAGAUGAGAUGUUGAAGACGACCGUGUGGAAGGCUCUCCCCAUGAACACAGGAACAGCCUGA